AUGGAAGACACCCAACUCCGACAGCGAGUGAGUGAAGAAGUCAUCAACAAAGCUGGAAACGAUGUUGAUGAAAUCACCAAGAACAAGAAGCAGACCAAACGGGCAGCCAUGGCCAGACGUGGCCUCCGUUCAUUGGCCAUCUCCGUUAUAAUCCCGGUCAGUCUAACCUUCAUCUCAAGAUUAAUCCAUAUCGGUCAGCAUAAACCUGCUAAUUCGCUUCUCGCACCAUGGGCCAUGCACACUUUCUUCGCAAUAUCCUCCUUAGUAAUGGGUUUAGCUGCCUGGCUUGUUUGGGCUGACGGUGGCUUUCAUCGGAAGCCAAUCUCAUUGGGUUUGUACUUGACCCAUUUAGUCUUAACCCUGGCUUGGGACCCAGCCGUGUUCGGUUUCGCAGCUGAUAUGAUCGGGCUGGUAGUUAGCGUGGCGAUGCUGGCAGCCUUGACUGGAUGCGCCACCACUUUCCGGCAGCUGAAACCACUAGCCGGUGACUUGGCUUUAGUUUCUGUUUUGUGGGGAGGUGUGAUUGUUGGUCUUAAUCUUAUGCAUAUGUAUCGAUGA